UUCUGCCUCGAUUUUUCCGUCUACGUUGAAAUGCACGCAUUGCGAUCUGUCGCCGCGCCGGACUAUACGAGUAGGAUUUCAGCUGUGAACGAGAGUGCACGCGACGUAUCGUCUGUAUUUUUUCAUUUUUGGAGCUCGUUUUCGGGCAGUAAAAUGGUGUCUACCUUGUCAGGAGUGACAGUGCCGAAUGGGUUUGACCCAGCGUUUGAGUAUGAAUUCAGUGACGGCGAAGACAGCAAGAAUGUCUACCAAGAACAGGAGUCAGACGAAGACACUGAAGAUGCCAGCGAGACUGAUGCGGCUAAACUUGAAGAAGAAUUCACAGAAAUGAAAGAACAAAUGUACAAAGAGAAGCUAGCCUCGUUAAAGAAGCAACUGCAGAGUCUGAAGGAUGGGUCCCAUCCCGAGCUGAAUCGUAAGCUGAAGAAACUCGAGCAAGUUAACAAGGAGCGACUGCGCAUGGCAGAGGCGGCCCGAAGCUGCGAGAUUGAAGCUGUGGAGCGUGAAUACAUCCGAGAGAAAAAGAGCGCAGUGGCCGAUAUGGAGCAAAAGAAAAUUGACCUGAAGGAGAACCUGCUGAUUGAACUGGAGGACAAGAGGCGGAUGAUAGAGGGCGACAGACUGACCAUGGAACUGACGUCGCUGGUGGACCCUUUGGAGGUAAAACCUGCCAGCACUCGCAAGCUGAGACGGCGACAGAACGAACCAGUUCCUCUACCCGAGAAGAGACGGAAACCAUCACCAGCUCAGUUUUGCUUUCUCUUAUCUGACGAAGAGAUCGCCAGCGAUAUGAAAGCUUUGAACAAAGUUAGUACCGGUAACCAACAGUUCAGGAAGAAAAAGCAAAUCAAGGCAGCCUCCAAUAAGAAAUCUUCAGUUGCCCCUAACAAUAAGCCCCACGCACCAACCAACAACAACAACAGCAACAUCCCCAGCGGCAGCACAGCAAGUACCAGCAGCGCCCCCACCCAGCCCAAGUAUGUCGUGCGUAUCGCCGACAGCAAGCUGUUCUACGAGAAGCGUUGGUUCCACCGCGGCCAGAAUAUCUACGUGGAUUCCAAGGAUACGGGCAAAGUUAGCGCUGUCAUCAGCUCCAUUGGCACAAAUGAGAUUUGGGUGAGGAAAACGGCCGACAAUCAGAAGAUGAGGAUCUACGUCUCCCAGAUGCAGAAAGGCAAAUACAAGAUCCGGAAACGGUCCACCUGAGACGACAGCUCCUCCCCUGCACUCAACCCCUCCCUGUUUGCAUGGACUCUCAUCCAAGUCCAAUGCCACCCCAGUAAGAAUACAUCCCAAUUUGGAAUACUGUACAGAACUUUGAACAUUGUAAAUAUUAUAUCAGUGGUUAGGUGAAAAGUUUACAUUUUUAAGAUGUGACCUCAAUAAUAAGAUACCGGUAAUGAGUUUGUACGGAAUUUCUGCAGUUUCGUAUGAGAGACAGUCAACACUCGAACAUUAACUGCAAAGAUAUGUGAAAUGAUGGGAAGAAGGCUCCUGAAAAGUCAAGAGUUUCCAGAUGAAGUUGUUCCUUUUUUGAACCAAGGCAAAAUGGUUGAAUUUGAAGCUCGUAAAUAUCUUCCCAAGUUAUCAGUCUAAAACUUCGCCGCGCGUUUUUGAACCAUCUCACUGCUGAGGGAAGGAGGAUUUCACUCAUUCCAAGAUCUCGGCUGCCCAAGCCUGAUCAUGCUGAAACUUGGCAUGUUUGUAGACAUUUCUUAUGUGUACAUCUAUGAAUUUUCAAUUUAAUUUGAGUAAUAGUUUUAUGGUCAGUUGUUCAGUAUGGUCAGGGCUUCACAUUUAUUGCCGAGUGCGCUUUGAGCACGUCACUAGGGAAAAGUUAGCAUGUCUGGUUCACCCGUCUUGGAAAA